AGAAAAACAAGGGAAAGCUAAUGCGGCCGCCGUAAUACAAUGAUCGCAGAAAUUCCCAAAGACAAUUCCAAGGCAUUCCAAUCCGUCGCGACUUUGGGCUCAGACUCUCCCGUCUCCUCGUCGCCUUCCCCGGAAGCCGGCCGGCUUCUGAGCAGGAGGCGGGACGCGCGCACCACCGCUGGGGACAGCGGCAUCCACCCCGAGGAGAGCGACAGCAUCCGGCCGCUGGUGUCCGCCGGCCGCAUCAUGACAUCGGCGGACUUCGGCCACGCCGGCGCCCCGCUCGUGGCCCCUCGCUCCACGCGCAGCCUCCUCUACAAGAUCCUGUGCUUCCUGCUGCUCCUCUUGCAGGGCGGCGUGCUGGACUUCUACCUGAUCGCCUUCACCGACCUAUAUUGGUGCUCGUGGAUCGCCACGGACCUGGUGGUGCUCUCCGGCUGGGCCAUUUUCUUCGUAAAGAACGCGAGGGGCAAGCGGGAGCGGGCCUGCGGUUUCCACCAGAAGGGCUCCGCGUACGGCGGUUGCAACCUGGGCGAGUUCACCUACGCCUACCUGGCGUGGCUCGUCCAUGUCAUAGCUUGUACCCCCAAGGUGGCGCUCGUUCUGGAGACCUCCAUCCUGGACCUGGUCGCCGCCAGGGUGCCUUGCGGGCUCAUCGGCUUCAAAAUAGUCACCCUGCUCUCCGCACCGCUUCUCUUCUGCCUCAUCAACGCCAUUAUCGAGGAUCUGAACGGGGCCACCCGGCACCACUCCCACAGCUGCUUCACCUCCACCUGUCUGGAUCUCGUCGACAGCUUCUCCCUGGUGGAGGCGCUGCUGCGGGGCGAGAUGCCGACCCCGUACCUCAAGUACACCGUCAUCUCGGUGUACUUCGUGGCUCUGGCCGCCCCCGUCGUGUGGCUGUACGAGCUCACCGCGUCGGAGCUCCGGUGCCGGUGGCUGUGGGCUCGCUUCUUUUCCGCGGGUAUCCUGGUCAACGCGCCACUGCUGGUGGUCCGCUGCUUCCAGGUGUACGUGUACGACGGCCCGGUAUCGGUGUUCAUGUUCAAGAACGUCUUCUUCCUGGCGUGCACGCUGCUGGAGCUGGCCGAGCAGUGUGUGGCCGUGUGCGGCGUCCGCAGGAGGCUGGCCGGGGGGAACCACCACCACCACCACCACCACCACCACCAGGCCCACUUCUCGCACGGGGUGUCCGAGAACGACAUGUGUCCGCACGGAUACGUCAACACCCUGGCCGUCGCCCAGUCCUAGUCGCGCGAAUGUAUAGGCUUGCCUCCGAAAUUAAAAUAAUUAUGAAGCCAAUUAAUUUGAUUAAAUACGCUUUCACUCAUAGCUAUUUUUUCCCCGACAUUACAUUCUCCACGAUUUAAUUAAAAUGUGAAAUCAGCAAAAAUUAAAGAUGACGCCAUUUAGAUCAUUCAAUUAGGCAGUAUAAUUUUCUUUAUUAAAUGGUGAAACAUAUUUUUCAAUCAAUAGACACUAUGACAAUUAAAUUUGAAAAAUGCGUUUAAAACGGUCUAAUUAAGUAAAUAAAGCCAAUUAUAUAAUUAAAAUAGAUUCAUAUCCAUGUUUAAAACAGUUAUUUGACUUGUUCAUGAGUGAAUUUAAAUUGUGAAAUAAUUUGUGUUUUGCAGCCGCAAUACUUACAAAGCCAAUUAAAGGAAUAAUUACAUUAAAUAAAUCCCCAAAAAUAUUUAAUUAAAUCGUGCAAUGAUUACUUAUAUUGUUGUUUUUUGUAGCCCAAUUAACUAGAUAUUGAAAGUACCAACACAUUUUUUUUAAAUUAUUUAGUCAUUCAUUAGUUGAUUUGUGAAAUGUAAUCUGUUUGUGCUUUUUGUGGCAUUGUGAAAUAAAAGGAAAAUACACCAUAAAAUAGACAAAAUCACAAAAUAAAGUGAAUGUAAUUGAAACAAUACAUUUAUAACAUACAUUGACUAAAUAAAAACGUCAGUGAAUAAUUUAUUAUGAAAUUGUACCAUAUCAAUUAUUAAUAGUAUAUAAUGUUAAUAGUAACUUGAAUUAAUGAAUGGACAAUGCGAAGACCUUUCAAAUUAAUUUUUCACAUUAAUUCCAAUUUAGAUUAUUUAAUUGGCAUUAUACUUGAGUUAAAUUCACCAAAUAGUUGUUUUCCAAUUCCAUGAUAACAGUACUGACAAUAAUCAUUGGUUCACGGUCCUUCCAUUGUAAAAGUUGCAACUCGCAAUUAUAGGAGGUUACAAAAAUGUAUAUAAUACAUGUAAUGUAAAGCACAUGAUAAAAACAGAGAAGUUAGAUUUAAACGAGAUCUUGGACUAUUUUUUUUUUUUUUUUUUUUACAAAACAACAAUACUAAUAUAAUCCUUUGUUAUUUAUACAGUGAGACACAUACAUGUGCUUUAUUACCAACAAAGACCCUCAUGGCCUUCAGCUAACAGCAGUGCUUUAUUACUUUUGAGUAGUCCUCCUUUAGUGGAAUAAGUCACCAGCUCAGUCACACGGAUACGUUUUUCUUGUCAAAAUUAAUGCAAAACAACAACAACAAAUUUAAUUAAGACAUUUUAAAAUGUAUAGAUUGCAGUAUGUACAGUAAUUACUGUAUAUCCUCAAUGGCAAAUAUGUCUGUAUCUUUUUAAUAUGUGAGGGUUUUCUUUAUUUUGGGGCGUCACUGACCAAACCGGUGUCCAAUUUUCCAAAUUUUGUACAUGUCUGGAAAGCACCCCCGUUUGGGACCAUUGGACAGGUGCUAUACAUUCAAACACAGGAAAAAAAACACAAAACAAAAACCCUCUGUUCCAUUGGAUGUUGUGUUCCGUGUAUGAAUUUUACCACUGCAAACGAAUGCAACAUGUCUCUGUGGGAUGUAAAGUGCAAUUAGAAGACCCCUCCCCCCAGGCCCCCCCAUGCACAUUUGGUGUCUUCUAUUGAUGACAGUGUUGUCUGUAAGUCUGUGCUAGUCCUGAAUUGGUGUAGACGUGUAAUAUUGUCAUGCGUACACCCAUUACAGUGAACCCUCGCAUAUUUGCAUUUCUGCUAUGCCAAAUUCACAUUCGCAGAUUUUUAUUUUUUGCAACCUAUCUGCCAUUAUUUAGCAAAGCCAUGUCGAAUAUAAAAAUAGUGCUUUGGCGUCAUUUCGUAGCAUCUCGGUGCCAAGGAACUAUGUUGAAGUGAAGGGAAGAGCGUCAUUUAUUCAGACUAUAGCCUUGUCCAAUAAUUUAAAAAAAGCGCUUUGAUGCCCUCUUGUGACAUCUAUAGGCAAUUAAAAACCUUAUUAAGGGAGUGUCAAUUAAUUGCAGAUAUUCGCUAAUGGCGCGGGAUCACUGUAGUGCCACAAACACUUUGAAAAGGUUUGAAAAGACAACUGAACAAGACCUCCCGUGUGUGUAAAUGUCCACUGUUAAAGUACACGAAGCGCAACCAAUCAGCAUUUGCCCACUGAAAACUCAUUACAUUUGUUCCAGUAAACAAAGCUAUACUGUUAACCACUUUUAGCCAUUUCACUUCAACCAUUGUAACCUUCGGUGUUAGCUUGUUUAAUGUUAAUGUAGUUAAAAUACAGUAAAACAGAGUUAACCUUGCAGUAGCUGGUUGUGAAAUGUUACAGGUUGAUCGUCAGUGGUGGAUUAAAAUGACAGGAACAAUCUUGGACGAUUAUAUCGGAAUUGCACAACACCGAAAGAUUUUAGAGAUUUGGAACCGAUCUAAUUGGCUUUGUAUCGGGUGUGGCAAACAGCACUUUUACCCAGUCAUCUUCCUGGUUGUUGUGUUUUUCUUUUUUUUUUUUAAUCUAUAGUGGGCUACGUACGUACCAAAUAUUCGGCUGAGCUGAAGGAUUUUCCCCCUUCCAAAAAAAAAAGCCUGAUUAUCGGAUGUCUCUGGAGGAUUAUCUUGAGUGAUUAUCCUGUGGUGCGGGGUGUGUUAAGAACUAUUGUUUUUUUUCUCCGCAAUCUCCGGGGACGACAACUUAAACCUGUUCAAUAUUUACGAUGGUAAAUUCAAUCGUUACAAAAAUCAGUCAAGAUGUUAAAAAUCGGUAUGAAUGUACCCCGUGUAAGUGCCUGGCCUUACCGUUUCUAUCAACUCCUUUUCACUCUACUCGAGAAAAUGUAAGAAAAUGAGGAUGAUGGGGUUGACAUCGGAAGAUGCCUUUAUGGACCUUGCCCACAGUUUGAAGACUUGUCGACAUUGUUUUGGUCAUGUGAAUUGUGGGAAGAGGAGUAAAGCUUAACCCUACUGUUAUUUAAUUUGCUUUCCUGUUUUAUGCUAAGAUAGGCUAAACAUGCUGAAAAUGCAUCAUUGUGGAGACAAUGAUGCAUUUUGUUUUGCCUGUGCAUUAUUUUUGAGUCACUUUAUUCUGUGCGCAGCGCAAACACUAUUUUUGAGUCUUGCUCCAUUGCACUGCACUUCCUACAUAACGUACCACUGUAUAGUGAUCUACAGUAUAUUCGCAGUAGUCUGCUUUUAGUGCCUGUUUCACAUUGCAUUCUGUACAUCCAAUUUUCUCCCUCAGCAGGCAGGUCAGCGCUUAAACUGACUUGUGCCUUACGGUAUGUGCCAUAUGUCCAGCCAUCCAUUUUUAUAGCGCUUAUCCUCAUUAGGGGUCGCGGGUGACCUGGAGCCGACUUUUGGACUCUCCAAACAUGCAUGACAUUGAGAUAAAAAAAAAAAAAAAAUAGAAGAAAAAAGUAAAAAUCAAGUGGAACAAGCUCUCUUUGUGAGCGCAUAGAUGCAGGCAGAUUGCAGUUGCCAUGGUAACACUAUCAGACCGCAUCAAGUUUGAUAUCACGUUUGUAAACGUGUGAGAGAUAAUUGUUGUCCGGCUUGAUGAUGUCAUGAACCGCAGACUUCCUGUUUAUUACCCCAGUAUACCCCAUAAGUAGGUCACAUGAUCUGAGUCAUGAGAUGCAUUCAAAACUGUGGUAAAGACUAUUCAAGCUUGGAUGAAAUAUGCCGCGCCGGCUGCUUCAAGUGCGUCUUUUGCCUUUACUUUGUGUGUAACAUAAUCACACUACAAUGGCUUCCCAUUGGUUGCUUAGAAUUUUACGCCAAAGUACUUUAAACCAUAUAUUUUUUAGAGCUUUCUAUGAUUUCUUCAUGCUAAAAAAAAAUGUGCCACGCUGUGAUGUAUUGUACCGCGCACGAGCUAGCACAGUUCCAUUCGAACUACCAACGGGCACUAAACGGACAACAGUCUUGCUCAUGCACACAAACUGGGCAAUGUGCAACAUCAGAACCCAGCUGGUUUUAUAAUAUAUUGACCUUUUUUCCCCCCCCUGUCUUAGAACCGGUUUACAGAUACUAGUACUACCUACACGUGGUAAAGUUGUGUGCUGUAUAUCUGUACCACUAUAUUCCAAUCUACUGGAUGUACCGUAGAUGUUAAGACAAGAGUAUUAUGUGAUCAAGGUCAAAUAAAUUCACUUUUAUUUGAAAGGUAUCACUGACUUGUUUGUCGGUUAAAAUGACAGUAGAACAGAUUUAAAAGUAAAAAAAACAUGAUAUACUGCAAAUUUCGUUAAAAAAAUAA